UUAUUAUUUCAAUUUUCAGAUCAUAAACUUUAGAAGCUUAUAAGAAAGAGCGCAAAGUUUAGUCAAAAUCAAUUGUAAAUCCAAAAUUUAUUCACUCAAAAAUGCAGAACUGGUUUUCUGGUGGCGUUGGCGAUAACGGAAAUUCUCCUCAGCCGGCGACAGCGUCGUCUUCAUCUCUGCUCGCCGAUUGGAAUUCGUAUGCCUCCACUAGAUCCUCCGAGGAGACGACCGGUGGCGCCUUCGCCGGCGUAUUCGAUAUCGAAUCCGCUGUUCGCUCUGCCAACGACACCGUUUCCGGCACUUUCAACGUGGUUUCCAAAGGAGUCAGAGAGUUACCAGGGAAUCUCCAGUCCGCUACGAGUAGCAUCCCUUCGGGAAAAGCACUCGUGUAUUUUGGGAUGCUGCUGGCCAGUGGAGUUUUCUUUGUGUUUAUAGCAUUCACGUUAUUUCUUCCAGUGAUUGUUCUGGUGCCUCAGAAAUUUGCGAUCUGUUUUACUGUUGGGUGUGGUUUCAUCAUUGGGUCCCUUUUCGCCCUUAGAGGCCCGAAGAAUCAGUUUUACCAUAUGUCAUCAAAGGAGAGGCUUCCUUUUACGUUAGGGUUCAUUGGAAGCAUGAUGGGAACCAUUUAUGUCUCUAUGGUGCUUCAUAGCUAUAUUCUCUCUGUGCUGUUUUCCGUGAUUCAGGUCAUGGCGCUAGCAUACUAUGGCAUCUCUUACUUCCCCGGUGGAUCAGCUGGGCUGAAAUUCCUCUCAUCAUCAUUGAUGUCCACUAUUACGAAGUGCUUUGGCAGGUGAGAAUGACAUCGUCUUGGUAAGACACACGACUAUGCUUCAAGCUACAUCGUGUUUCUUUUACACACAACUUUGAGUUGGAUUAUAUUGAAAAGUUUUCCGAAGUACAGAGAAUGUAGUAUGGACCUGAAAAUCUUGAGGCUUCGACCUCAACUUCUCAAGUCCUCUGAAAAUCAAUAUUUGAGCUAAUUCUUGUCGAAAUGGUUGUCAAUGUAGCAUCUGAAGCUGUGCAAUUGUUCUAAUUCUAUCUCACUAAUAGUAUUUGUGCACUGUAGCGUGUCCUGAAUGUUUUUGGAUGAAAAUAUUGUUGAUCGUAUCUCCAAUUUGUAGUUAUUGGAAAUAUUGUGAAUUUCGAAGAUA